CUCACACAUGGUUAUGUUGUUUGGCUUGGAACGUUGUUGUUUGAUUUUUCAUUCUUAGUUAUUACGCAAAUAGAAUACAAAUACUUGAUAAGGCUAUUAUUUGAUAGGUACAUGAUGGUCGCACAAAAUGAAAAGAAGGUAGAUGUUAAAAUUGUGUUUAAAAUCGACGUGACGUUAAUACCAAUUUAAGAGAUUGUCCAUAAUACACUUACAUCAGAUAAGAAUGGAAGCAAUAGCACAGGAAAGUAAAAGUGGGACAAAGGAGGGAGCGGGGCUGACAGCAGCACAGCGUGCCCGCAUGGAGCGCAACCGGCUUAGAGCACGCGCACUUCAUGAUGCCAGACUUAUUAAACGUCCUGAUAAAGCACUUAACAAUGCGGUGGUCGAGCGAGCUCACCACGCGGCGCCAGUGGACUCCGGCGGCGGCUUUCUGCUGGAGCCCGAGCGUGUCGCGCCGUCCGCGCCCGCCGCGCGACCCGCCCCGCUGGUGUACGUGGCGGAGCAGCCGCAGUGUCUCGACUGCGAGCGCCGCUUUCCGCAGAGCUGGCUCUUCGACACUUUCGAUUACCGUGUGUGCGACGACUGCAGGGACGACGACGGCGCUCACUCUCUGAUCGCCCGCACAGAAGCCAAGAGCGAGUUCUUGCUGAAGGAUUGCGACCUAGACUCCCGGCCACCGCCGCUGCGCUGCCUGCGGCGCCGCAAUCCACACGCGCCGCGCGGCGACAUGCGGCUGUACCUGCGCGCCCAGGUGGAGGAGCGCGCGCUGGACGUGUGGGGCUCGGAGGAGCGCUUGCGGCGCGAGCGCGACGAGCGCGCGGCGGCGCGGGAGCGGGCGCGCGAGCGCGGCACGGCGCGGCGCCUGCGCGCGCUCCGCAUGGACGUGCGCGGCUCGCUGUACUCGCGCACGCACGCGGCGCACGAGCACGCCUACGGCGAGGAGGCGCACGACGAGGACGCGGACACGUACUCGCGCACGUGCUCUACUUGCGGACAUGUUCAGACUUACGAGAAGCUGUGAUAUACCUACCUGUUUUUGAAAAUGUAAUGAAAUUCUAUAAUAUUUAUUAUCAAAAUAUUGAAAGUGAAGUGAUAGUGAUAAUAUUGCAUUCUGUUACAUUUUAUUAUUUAAUUAUGUAUGUAUCUUACUUUAUUUAACUGA